GCGGGCGAUAGGUUUGGUAGUUUUAAAUGCCAACUUUCGAGGGAUGAUGUCACGUUUCUCAAUAUAAGCAUUUCCGCGGUCGAUUGGGUAGGCGGCCCGUAAAUUUCAGAGCACUGCGAGGAGGAGGACGACGAAGAUGGGUCUGAAGGAGGAUUUUGAAGAAUAUGCUGAGAAAGCUAAAGGGCUACCUGAAACUACUACCAAUGAGAAUAAGUUGAUUUUGUAUGGGCUGUACAAGCAGGCAACUGUUGGACCUGUGAAUACUAGCCGUCCUGGUAUUUUCAACCAGAGAGAUAGAGCCAAGUGGGAUGCCUGGAAGUCUGUUGAAGGUAAAUCUGCUGAGGAAGCCAUGGGUGACUACAUCACAAAAGUAAAGCAGCUGCAAGAGGCGGCUGCUUCAUCUUGAACGAGUUUCAGCUUGCUUCAUCAUUUCUGUUUUCUGCCAGUUGGUACCUGCUUUUGUUUCCAAUUCUGAACUUUGCUUCAUAAAUGUAAACUGAGUGCCCAAAAUUUGUGUUGUUGUUUGGGAUGUUUUAUGCUCAGCUGCUGGAUCAGCUACUAUCAGUAUUUAUCUGUUAUGCUUUGCAUAUGUACUUUGUUGAACAGCAUCUGAAUGUCAGUUAAUUACUUU